CAACUAGUUCCCAGAUGCUAGAAACAUAUCUUAGAACUGAUUCUAAAGUGCCAACACAUGUCUUCUUCUGUUUACAAAGCUCCGAACAUGUGUAAACACAUGUAGAAGACAUGUUAGAUGCAACUCUAGCUCAAUAGUAGAGCUGUUCGAGUGCCCAUUGUCAUGGCAUCCACAACUGGAGCCCCUCGCUGGUAUGAGUUGCAGAUGUUGCUCCUUGGGGAAGGUGCGCUUUGGCAAGGGGUACCACGCCAAGGGCAAGGAGUAUUACAGGGCCGGCGACGUGGGCGAAGUGAUCAAGAUCGUUGCCAGCGAUCGCGGGGAGCCAAGGGCAGUCAUCAGAUGGCCUCGCACGGGGCAUGCCAGCAGCGCAUUGCUUUCGACCUGGGAGGAGAAGUUUACCCGAGCAGCAGCGUCGAAGCGCCAGCGGGCAAUUCCUGCACUCUACGGCACCACCAUCUCUGGGUAUGCGUUUGCAAUCGACCUGGAGACGGGUGACGAGAUAUGGGCGACCAAGGUGUCUUCCGAGAUCGCCGGUGUCAAGGGGUCUUUGGCUGCCAGGGAUGGAACCCUCGUUUUGGCUUCCGACCGCUGCCGCAAUCGGUAUUGCUACAGGUAUCGCAACGAGUCAGAGAAUCUUGUGCCUUCGAACUCUGUCGUGAGAGGGCUCAGCAGCGUGGACGGCUCAAGUAUUUGGUCAUUCACACCCGACUCGCCAGUUUGGAACUUUGACGCACAGUUCACCCCAUCUGGUACAUUGUUUUUCCAGGACUUUCAAGGUGGCUUAUAUUGUCUCAACAUAACCACGGGCGAGCUCAUAUGGAAGAAGGAAGGGCAGAUCGGAAUGUACACGCAGUCUGCUGCCCUGUUCAGCGAAGAGCUGAACUAUGUCUUCUCGAUCACUGAAAGCCUGUACGAUAGUAAGUGGUGCAGCCCCUACACUCCUCCAGGAAUCCUGUCCUGGUGCAACUCAAUGCAAGAUACCCCGGGGCUCGUCCGAGGCUUCCACGCCGUGACCGGUGCGAAGAUGUGGGAGACGACUCUUCCCAUGCCGCCAGCGGGAGCAAGCAUCGGCAAGCUGAACAGCGGCGAGAUGAAGGAGCACUUGGUGAUCGGCAUGGGGCUCAGCUGCAAGUACGCGGGCAAGUAUAUGACCGUUGGCAAGCCAUCGGAGCUGUGGGCUCUGAGCGGAAGGUGGGGCGGCCGGUUGUGGAAGAGGACGGGUCCCACCUUGUGGACCUCCAAUUGUGCAGGCGACAAGGAGGGCGCAGACAUCCGGCGGGCAAUGGGUACUCGCGAGAAGUGUCAACCGAACAGCUGGUCCAAUCCAGUGAUAGAUGCUGCUGGAGACGUCUACGUUGGCAACCACGUUGGAGUUCUGCAGAAAUGGGGCUCACCCUCCUCUAGCGCAUACGAUUUGGCUCUCCUGUCUGAGCUGGAAACUGGUGCUGCGUUCCUGGAUCAGAGCAUCGCGAUGGCACCUGGAUUGAUGGCAAUCACCACGUGCAACUCGCUCAUCGUCAUGGAGGCCUGA